AUGAAGAACCAGACCACAGUGGUGGAAUUCAUCAUCUUGGGACUGUCCAACAACCACCAUGGAAACAUCAUCCUGUCUGUGGUUCUAUUAGACGUCUUCCUGUUGACCGUAACAGGAAACCUCAUUAUUGUCACCCUCCACCUGGUGGACCAUCGCCUCCAGACGCCCAUGUAUUUCUUCCUCAGGAACUUCGCUGUCUUAGAAAUCUGCUUCACCUGUGUCAUCACGCCCAGGUUCCUCUACAGCCUCCUGACAGAGAGAAAAUCUAUUUCCCUCCCUGGUUGUUUCCUUCAGUUUUUAUUGGUCGUCUUCCUGGGUGCCUCUAUGUUUUGCCAUGGGGCUGUCAUGUCCUUUGACUGCUACAUGGCUAUCUGCCAUCCCUUGCGUUACGGCACCAUCAUGAAUGGCAGGGUCUGCUUCCAGCUAGUGCUGAGCUGCUGGGUGAUGAGUUUUCUUAUAGUGGUUCCCCCAACACUUAUGGUUGUGCUGUUACCGUUCUGUGGCCCCAAUGUCAUAAACCACUUCUACUGUGACACAGCCGUGUUGCUUCAACUCUCCUGCGUGGACACAGGGCAUCUUGAGGUCAUGAUAUUUUUUUCAGCAAUAGUUAUCUUACUUGGUACUUUAACAGUCACUAUAGUUUCCUAUGGCUGUAUCAUCUCCACUAUCAUGCACAUCCCGUCCACCACAGGAAGGAAAAAGGCCUUUUCCACCUGCUCCGCUCACCUCCUGGUUGUUGUGAUAUUGUACAGUAGCUCCAUCUUCAGGUACCUCCGACCAGGGCAGCGGGGUGUGCAGGACUUUGACAGAGUUGUGUCUUUGCUGUACUGUGUGGUGGUCCCUCUCUUUAACCCCUACAUCUACGCUCUCCGCAAUGAACAAAUGAAAGAGGCCCUGAAGGAUGCCUGCGGCAGAAUUUCUAAGUGUCUGAGAUUCUCAUGAAAAUGCCAAACCGCAAAGACACAGGAUGGAUGUGAACUUGGCUGGUCAAUGACUUCAUGCCAGGCAUCCCUCUGGUCUUGGUGGGUCAGGAGCAGUACAGAGACACGAGAGAUGUAAAUUCAUCCCUUUCUUCAUAGAUUGUAAGGCCAGACCUGUAAGGUCUGUAAGGUGAUUUCUGAUCUCCUGGUAACACAGCCCUAGUCUUCCACCCAGUUAGUUCUGCUUUAAACCUAGUAACACCUGUCUGUUGAAAGCAUGUCUUCCAGAACGGCAUCCAGUCUUGAUCGGAAAACUUCAAGAGCUGGAGAAUCCAAUAUUUCCUUGGUAGCGUGUUCCCAAAAUAGAAAUUUUUGAGUCAUUCUUAGUAAAAUGAAAAAAAAAAAAUACAA